AUGACCCGAACCCCAGCUGCCCCAGCAAAGCAUGACCGUGAAUCUGCUAGCAGAUACAAGAUUGGCAGUAAAAUCAGCACUCUAUUUGCCGAGGAAUUGGUGGAAAGGUCUGGUAUAGCCCGGUCCGGCCGGAAACCUCUGGCUGUCUUCGACAAUGCCUGCGGGACAGGGGCAGUUUCUAGUACCCUUUAUCGUGCCCUUGGUGAUGAGACUACACGCAACUGGCAGUUAACCUGUGGCGAUGUAUCUGAAGCCAUGGUCGAGGUCUCCAAGCAGAGGAUGACCGAAGAAGGAUGGCGCAAUGCUGAGGUGAAGGUUGUGGAUGCACAGGAUACUCGGCUUCCCAGUGCACACUAUACGCAUGUCUUCUCAGCUUUUGCUUUUAACCUCUUCCCAGACGACCAAGCUGCAAUGAAAGAGUGCUUCAGAAUACUUCAACCAGGAGGCACGCUCGCCGUUUCGACAUGGUGUUCAGCCGUCUGGAUGACUCUCAUCCAGUCCGCCAUCGCAAGCAUACCAAGCGAUCUUCCCACGCCGACCACAGAAGACAUAUUCGGCCUGUACAACAAGAAUUGGGCCGACGAGUCCCGCGUGCGGGCCCAGUUUGAGCAAGCAGGAUUUACGGAUAUUAAUGUUACCACCGUGGCAAAGCAAUACCCCGUGCCCGUGCAGGAGCUCGCCGAGGCCUGCAAGAUCAGUCUCCCUCAUAUAACCAGGAAAUUCUGGACGCAGGAGCAACGGGAUAAGUACGAAGCCGAGGUGCCAAAGGCGGUGCUGCGCAUCCUGGAAGAGAAGACGGGGAAGGAUGGACUUGGCUCCAUGGAGGCUGAGGCGAUCAUUGCAAUCGCGCGGAAGCCAUGA